AUGAGUGACAAUGAUUCAGAGGAGGGUAUGAUGAUAGACCCUCCGCCCAAUAUAAUCGAUAGUUUUCGGAGGAUGCGUGAAAACCCUGAAGAAGCAUGCGAUGUACCUCCGUUGGAGAGGGUCGUGAUACAGAGGGUGCUCAUAGCGCACCGCGCUACUCCAUCUCUCUCUCUCUCUCUCUCUCUCUCUCUCUCUCUCUCUCUCUCUCGAGAGAGAGAGAGAGAGAGAGAGAGAGAGAGAGAGAGACGGACGGACGGACGGACGGACGGACGGACGGAUGCCGACAACUCGGGAUCUGCCACAACAUAUGACGAUCCCAACGUUUCUUAUUCCCUUUCUUUCUUUCUCUCGUUCUUUCUUUCUUUCUUUCUUUCUCCCUUCAUUUCUUUUUCAGAACGCUUUUAUUUCUCUUUCUUCAUUUCUUUCUUUCUUUCUUUCUCUUUUUCUUUCUUUCGCCCUUUCUUUCUUUCUUUUUCAGAACGCUUUUAUUUCUUUUUCUUUCUUUCUUUUUCAGAGCGCUUUCUAUUUCUCUUUCUUUCUUUCUUUCUUUUUAUUUCGCUUUUCUCUUUCUUUCUGCCUUUCUUUUUUUUUCAGAAAGCUAAUUCUCUUUCUUUCUUUAUUUCUUUACUUAUUUUUUUUCGCUUCUUUCUUGCUUUCUUUCUCCCUUUCUUUCUUUUUCAGAAGGCUUUUAUUUCUCUUUCUUCAUUUCUUUCUUUCUUUCUCUUUUUCUUUCUUUCUCCCUUUCUUUCUUUCUUUUUCAGAACGCUUUUAUUUCUUUUUCUUUCUUUCUUUUUCAGAGCGCUUUCUAUUUCUCUUUCUUUCUUUCUUUUUAUUUCGCUUUUCUCUUUCUUUCUGCCUUUCUUUUUUUUCAGAAGGCUAAUUCUCUUUCUUUCUUUAUUUCUUUACUUAUUUUUUUUCGCUUCUUUCUUGCUUUCUUUCUCCCUUUCUUUCUUUUUCAGAAGGCUUUUAUUUCUCUUCCUUUCUUUCUUUCUUUUUCAGAACGCUUUUAUUUCUCUUUCUUUCUUUCUUUCUUUUUCAGAACGCUUUCUAUUUUUAUUUCUUUAUUUCUUUAUUUAUUUAUUUUUAUUCCGCUUUUUUCUUUCUUUCUCCCUUUCUUUCUUUUUCAGAAGGCUAAUUCUCUUUCUUUCUUUCUUUCUUUAUUCAUUUAUUUUCUUUCGCUUCUUUCUUUCUUUCUUCCUUCCUUUCUUUCUUUUUCAGAAGGCUUUUAUUUCUCUCUUUUUCUUUCUUUCUCUUUUUCUUUUUUCUCCAUUUCUUUUUUUCAGAACAAUAUCUAUUUCUCUCUCUCUUUUUUUCGUUUCUUUCUUUCUUUCUUUCUUUCUUUCUUUCUUUCUUUCUCAACAUAUUACAACUUUCUGUUUUAUUUUUCAACAAAUCACAACUUUUAACAGAUUCCACUUUUCUUUGUUCUUUUUCAUUGCCUUUUUCUUUUUUCUUUCUUUUUCGUCCUUCUUUCUUUCUUUCUUUCUUUUUCCUUUUUACUUUCUCCUUUCCUCUUACUUUCUGUUUUUUCUUUCUGUUUUUUCUUUUUCUUUCGUUCUCUCUUCCUUUCAAAUAUACCCUUUCCUUUUCAUGCAUUUACUUUCAUUAGUAUUCUUUUAUGACUAUCUUACAAUGUUGAUUAAUUUGCCUUUCUCUCGUCUUUUUCUUUCUGUUUCUUUUUUUUUUUUUCUUUCUUUAUAUUCUUCUCACUUUUCUUUCACUAUUUAUUUUUUUCCUUCUCUUUUUAUUUUGUCCCCCAACUUCUUUCUUUUCCUCGUUUAUUUCGUCUUGUCCUUCUUUCUUUUCUUUCUCUCCUGCAUUCGCUUUUUCCUGCUUUCUCUUCCUUGUUCCUUCUUCGUUUCUUUCUUUUCUCUUUUCCUCGUUCUUUCUUUCUUUCUUUCUUUCUUUCUUUUUCUUUCUUUCUUUCUUUCUUUCUUUUCCUCGUUUAUUUCGUCCUGUCUUUCUUUUCUUUCUCUCCCGCAUCUUUUUCCUUCGCUCUUUUCCUGGUUUCUCUUUCUCAUCUCUUUCUUUCAUUCUUUUUUUCUUUCUUUCUUUUCCUCGUUUAUUUCGUCCAGUCUUUCUUUUCCCUUCGCUCUUUUCUUUCUUUCUUUCUUUUCCUCGUUUAUUUCAUCCUGUCUUUCUUUUCCCUUCGCUCUUUUCUUUCUUUUCUUUCUUUUCCUCUUUUAUUUCGUCCAGUCUUUUCUUUUCCCUUCUUCUUUUUUUCUUUCUUUCUUUCUUUUCCUCGUUUAUUUCGUCCAGUCUUUCUUUUCCCUUCGCUCUUUUCUUUCUUUCUUUCUUUUCCUCGUUUAUUUCGUCCAGUCUUUCUUUUCCCUUCGCUCUUUUCUUUCUUUCUUUCUUUCUUUUCCUCGUUUAUUUCGUCCAGUCUUUCUUUUCCCUUCGCUCUUUUCUUUCUUUCUUUCUUUUCCUCGUUUAUUUCGUCCAGUCUUUCUUUUCCCUUCGCUCUUUUCUUUCUUUCUUUCUUUUCCUCGUUUAUUUCGUCCUGUCUUUCUUUUCUUUCUCUCCCGCAUCUUUUUCCUUCGCUCUUUUCCUGGUUUCUCUUUCUCAUCUCUUUCUUUCAUUCUUUUUUUCUUUCUUUCUUUUCCUCGUUUAUUUCGUCCAGUCUUUCUUUUCCCUUCGCUCUUUUCUUUCUUUCUUUCUUUUCCUCGUUUAUUUCAUCCUGUCUUUCUUUUCUUUCUCUCCCGCAUCUUUUUCCUUCGCUCUUUUCCUGGUUUCUCUUUCUCAUCUCUUUCUUUCAUUCUUUUUUUCUUUCUUUCUUUUCCUCGUUUAUUUCGUCCAGUCUUUCUUUUCCCUUCGCUCUUUUCUUUCUUUCUUUCUUUCUUUCUUUCUUUCUUUCUUUCUUUCUGUCCUGUCUUUCUGUCCUGUCUUUCUGUUUUCUUUCGAAUCUUUUUUCUCUCUUUCCCCACCUUUCUUUUUCUCAUUUUCUUUAUACUCCUUUAUUAUUUUUCUUUCUUAUUUUUCAUUAUCCUCCUUGUAUUCUUUUCUUUUGUCCUACAAGCAAAUAAAUUUGUUCCUUCCUAA